AUGUCUGUCGAGGUCAACACUGGAUCUACACUUGCUGUUCAGGUUCUGCCGCAGCCAGCCCCUGAGGAGGCGGAUGCUUUAGAAAGGUUGGCCAACCUUCCCAGUGUGGUACAAUGUGGCACAAUUGAAGAGCUGCUCCGUCAUGUGGCUCCAGAACAGGCAGACAAUGGGACGACCCAGUGCUGGGAGGACUCCUGGCAGCAAGUAUUACAAGCCAUGGGAACCCAGCCUUUGCCGUUCGUCUCUAGGAGUGAAAAGCUGAAGUACGAAGAAGCCCACCAUCCUCCAACGUGCUUGGAAUCAGCCAGUACAUCUCAGGAGGUUCUGAAAGACCUAGAUGCCUCUUCUGAGGCAGUGCCAACGUUGUCACUCUCGUUGGACAACACAUGGGUGCUUAAGCUUCACCUGGAGGAUGAUAUCGAGGCCUACCUGGAGGCCUUCGAAGGGCUAGCCUGUGCCUACCACUGGCCCAGAGAUGAGUGGGUGGCCCGGCUGAAGCCGCAUCUGAGUGGCCAAGCUCUUCUGGCCUGCAGCUUCUCUACUCAAGACUACAGCCUUGUGAAGGAGAGGAUCCUGAACCGGUACGGUGUCACUCCGGAGAAACAACGUCAGUCUUUCAGGCAGUUCCGAUACCAGGAGGCCGAGGGCCCCCGAGAGGCGUGUAAGAAGCUCCGGGCACUCGGACGCCGCUGGCUGAAGCCAGAGAAACUCACCAAGGAGCAGAUCUUGGAGCUGCUGAUCUUGGAGCAGUUCCUGAUGAUCCUGCCGCAGGAAAUGCAGAGCUGGGUCAGGGAACGUGGCCCCGACACCUGCGACCAGGCGGUGGAUCUUGCCGAAGGCUUCCAGAUGAGAAAGCAGCCAACGGUGCCAUUCAGAGAGGUCUGUGUGAAGUUCACCAGCGACGAGUGGGCCUUGCUGUCCGAGGAGCAGAAAACGUUGUAUUGCGAGGUCAUGCUGGAGAACUUCCGGAACGUGUCCACACUGGGCGUUCCUCUGCAGAAACCUGCGUUGAUCACCCAGAUAGAGCAAGGGGGAGAACCACGUUUCCGAGAUGAAAGCCCAUACACCAUAACAGGAGAUUUUACAAAAAGAAAUGCACUGCUUCUGGCCUUUAAGAAAUUGGUAAUGGAGAAGAAGGCUGCUGCAAAGAGAGCUCAAAUAGUGGAGAUGGGACAGUCCACAGCAAUGAAAGCAACGCAGGACUAUUCGGGCCCCGUGGAUGCGGCUUACAAUGAACUUCCCACUCCUGAGAAGCAUCAGUCUUCUAAGCCCCACAAACAGGGGCAUACAAGGGUGUCCCCGAGCAGAAAUUGCCCCACGAAAAGGCAAGCGUCAGCCCCAAAAGGUAAAAUCCCCCAAAGGAAAAAACAGGAGACACCCUUGAUAAAUGAAGUUGCUUCUGGGCCACAGAUAUCUCAGUCACCCUUGCAAGGAGAAACAUCUCAGAAAGCUAACGCCACGAUUGCAACCACCAAGCCCCGUAAGCACACGAAGAGACCGCUGCCGCAGGACGGACCCCCAAAGCUGAAGAAGGAGCCAUUAUUGCUUAGCGAACCCCCCAAACUGAGAAAUAAACUAGAGGCAACCAAUGAGCCCCCCAAACUGAAGAAGGAACUGCGUUUGCCAGACGAUGCACCUCCUCGGGAGAAGGGUCAGCCCCAGGAGGAGAAACAGCAGCCUCUGUCCAUAAAGGUGAAGUUCCACGAGACGGCCAUCCCGAUCAUCACGUGGCACCCGCCGUUCUGCGCCUCGGUGGUCUCAGACCUCACGUGUCUGGACUGCGGACGGGCCUUCAAGCAGCGGGCCGACCUGCGCCGCCACCGGUACGUCCACACCAAAGAGAAGCCGUACGCCUGCAAACAGUGCGACAAGCGUUUCGGCCACCCGAGCAACCUUUACAUCCACCUGCGGACGCACAGCGGGGAGCGGCCGUACAAGUGCCCGGAGUGCGGGAAGGCCUUCACCCAGAGCUGCAACCUGCGGACGCAUCGGCAGAUCCACACCGGCAGCAAGCCGUUCCACUGCCGCGUUUGCGACAAGUUCUUCCGCCACCGCUCCAUCCUCAUCAUCCACCAGCGCCUGCACACGGGAGAACGCCCCUACGCCUGCUCCUUCUGCCCCAAGUGCUUUGCGGAUCGAUCCACCUUGGUUCAACAUGAACGCACACACACAGGCGAGAGGCCUUACGCAUGUCGGGUCUGCGAACAGAGGUUCAGCCAGCUUUCACAUCUUGUCAAGCACACCCGCGUCCACCCCGGCGCCAGAGGGCCACCGCCCCAGCCCACAAAUCCCUCUCUGGGCCAACAAAAGAUCGUGCAGCCAAAUUCCAAAGACUCUUGCGGAAUAACACAAAGCCGCUGA